UCGUUUCCAUCGUUAUUGAAUUGAAUAAGUCUACUUCCAAUCGAGACUGAAAAUGGCGGAUGAAAUGCAUCAUGUUAUCGACGAAUCGAAAGAAGAAGAAAGUCAGUGUUCUGGUCAAUUAUGUGACGAUUCAAAAGCAGGAUAUGAAUACCUUGACCAUACUUCUGAUGUCCAGAUUCAUGCUUGGGGAGAGACAUUAAAAGAAUCAUUCGAGUUUUCUGCAGUGGCAAUGACAGGCUACAUGACUGACUUAGAAUCCGUUGAAAUCAGCCAAGAAGAAGAAGUUAAUGUUGAAGGUCAUGAUCUAGAGUCAUUACUUUUUAAUUUUCUUGAUGAAGUCCUGUUUUUGUUUUGUGCAGAACCUUACCUUACUUCGAAAGAAGUUGAAAUAAUUGAAUUUGAUAAUAAAGACUUCAAAAUUAAAGCAAUUUGUCGCGGAGAACCAUUUGAUUUGAGUAAACAUCCCCAAGGAACUGAGAUAAAAGCGAUUACCUAUUCUAAUAUGCAAAUUUAUGAUAAAAGUAGUACCAAUGACGUAUAUGUAAUCGUAGAUAUCUGAUGUAUUCGAAAACCUUAGGUUAUGAGGAUUGCUCAUAAUUUUGAUAUAGCUUUUUUCGUGCCAUAUUCUCCAGACAUUCCAGGUUCUUGCCUCGUAACCAAUUUAGAUAUUACCAUCACCUUCCUGUGAUGAGAUAACAGCAUUGCAGUGAUAUACUAGCACAGGUUUACCAGA